CAAACUUCUGAAGAGAAAGAAGUCUGAAACAGGGCUGCAGGGCGUGACUGGAGAAUGGUUUGAAGAAAUACAAAGAAAAAAAUUUCAGAAUUGCGUUGAUGUCAAUGGAAUGCUAAAAAUACCAUUAGAGCAUCAGCUAAGGAAGAGCAAAACCACCAAUUAUAAAGAACUAAAAAUGUCAUCCCGCACAAAUCCUCAAGCACAAAAGAACACUUCAGCUUCCUUUCUGGGGUUCAGAUCACCUUUUGCUUGGCUUUUCUCCUUUAGAAAAUCAAGGAAAAACCAGACUCAGAAGCAACCACGAUAUGAUAGUUCUGCUAGCACAUCUCUGAAAGUGGCAGAAAUGGCAACGGCUGAAAUGUGUAAUUCCCCAAUGUCAACUGAAACAAGUGGUCAUUCUUUUGAUGCAAACCAAGAUGAAAUGAUGGAGAAAAGUACACAGGAAUGGAAUGAACAGCUAGAGAAGGAGUUUUUCAGUGUUCUAAAUGAUCUGGAUGACCAGCUGGCCCAGGAACAAGCCCAAGAUCCAUUGGACAGGACAGCUUCUACUAUCACUACAUCAAAUGUGCAAUACAGUAGUGCAUUCCCUACUUCAAAGAGGCAGACUGCUAGUAGAGGGCAACACAGAACUGACUGGAGUGACACGCCUAGCACAUUUUUCCCAGAUGGACUGAGAACAAUCAGAGCCAAAGAUGAACACAAGAUUUUCAUCAGACCAAGGAAAUUAUACAAUGCAUAUAUAAACUGGCACCAGGCAGCCUUUCAAGAAGAUUACAAAUACAGUGAUCCAGUUGAUGGAAAUCCUCACGGACUAAGCAGCAGACUGUCUUCCGUUUCUUUUGGACGGUCUUCAGAAGGUAGCUUAUAUCCUCCUUCUGUAACACAGAACAGUGGAUUUAGGCACAAGAGUUGUAUGAACAGGGAAACAGCUGGCAGAAGUUACUCUGUGUGUUCCCUUCGGAGAUGUCCAUCAUCAGUAUCUUCUGACCAGCUAUCAGCAUCUAGUUUACAACAUACAUUGUCAAGGGAGAGCAACAAUGGUUUUGUACCAAGGUUUGGUCGACAGAACCCAAAGAGAAUUCCUCUGUCUUCUAUUGUAUGGAACAACACACCAGACUCUCCUGGACAAACACCAACUCAAGAAAAAAUGUUUAGAACCCAAUCACUAAUGGAGUUUCAUGCUACAGACCAUGGUAGAUAUCCUAGCUCUUUGCAGGAAACCAAGAAAUAUGCAUGCUACCACUCAAAACACCACUACAGAAGAUCUAUUUCAAGUAGUAAUUGCUUUAGUGGAGUUAGUUGCCCUGACAAAGCUACUUCCCCAUUGCCCUUUGAUAACUGGGAAAAUUAUCCAUUAUACAAAUCAGAAAAUAAUCUCUCUAGAUCCUACUGUAGAGAUACUUCUUCUCAUGGCAAAUUGUAUGCAAACCAGAAACAGUUUCUGUAUGGAAAAAAAGACAGCUAUCCUUCUUGGGCUGAUAUUCCUCAGUACUACAACGAUAAAGUGUUUAUUUCCCCUGAUGCCAGCUUUGAAGUGAUCAUGGCUAAUUUAAAUGACCAGCAGUGGGCACAUACAAAGAACGCCAAGUUUGGUUCACAGCACCUGCAGAACGAUUUUCAUGUGUAUUCUCCAGAAAAUACAAAUAUCAAAAGGAUAACAAGAAGUGCAAAUAGAACUUUUUCAGAAUUCAUUGAGGGCUGUCAGCCUUGGCUAAGUUGUAACUCUUCAGUCUCUUCAUCUAGUAUCAGAACUGAUGAGUCCAUCUUUCCUAAUUUGAAGGACCAAACCAAACCUAUAGGACUGAACAAGAAUUCAGUCAUCGUUACCCAAAGAAGUACUAAGGCAGACUUUACACAACUAGAAAAAGUCAAAGAUAUGAAACUGCCUGAUGAAGACGUGCCAUUACAGUCAGUUUCUCAACAGGCAGAUAUGAACUAUAUCAAUGCCCAGAGUUUUUCCUCUAACAGCCCUGCUUCUGCCAUGUUGCAAAGUGAUGCAUCUCUCUUUAGCACACUUGGAUCAAAGAGACAAACCCAAGUUACUGCCAGAGAAGAUAUUGCAAAAAUGUAUACAUCAAAUGGUGAUAAAAGAAAUGUACAAAUGAAGGAAAACAAUUGCCUCCCCAACAGUGUGUUCAACCAGCCUCCCUGUAUUUUGCCAGCUGAUGAGAGCAGGAAGGAACCUUUUCUUUCAAAUCAGAAAGAAUGGGAACAUAAUCUGCAUUAUGCAGCAAAAAGAGAGAGCAUCAAACAGGAUAAUCGGAGUGCAGAAGCCGGUACUCAAGCUACGCCAAAGAGACAGUCUUCACUGCUGAAUGUUGCUUCUGCUCCAUCCACUGAAAAAUUAGCAAACUGCCAAGGCACAUUGUCCUGUCCUCCUGAAUGUUCAUCUAGCUCCUCACAAAGCUCUCUGCAAGCACUUUCUCAUAAAGACAGUUCUAAACGUUUAGGAACGUUAACUAGCUCUUCAGUAAAUUGCACUGAAUCUCAAGCAGAAGGUGGAAAAACAGCUCCAGCAAGCAGAAUAGGUGUUACCAAAAAGAUUUCACAGAAAGCAUUACAAAAUACAAGCACUUUAGUUACUAAGGACUGUAAUGGACAAAUCACUACUAGCUCUCCAGAAAAUGGAAAUUCUGGAAAUAUUUAUAUGCAUAGCUUUGACGGAGGCCCCAAGACCUCUGAACAUAGUUUAAGUUAUUUUUGCCUAGAAAAAGAAAAUGGAAAAAUAAGGAAUAAUUCAGCUUGUAUUGAAAGACUUCACAAGCAAGACAGCUUGCUGAGACAUACCAGUAGCUGCAGCAUUACUGGCUCCCCUAGCAGAAACAGCCUCAAAUCUCCUGACCCACUUGUUAUUUAUUACACUUUGCCUAGAAAAUCAGCUAGCAUUGCUGGUAGUAUUAUGUCAGAUACACCCAUCUCUUUACCUAGAGAAAGUAGAACAACAUAUGAUUGCUUAAGGUCUGAAACUCCGUAUAGAGCUGAUGCCUUUUGUUCUAAUCAAAGAGAUACGUCUUGUUUAGAUGCAAAACAUUCCUUUUUAACAUCAGCAUCAUUAAAUGCUGCUACAAGUAACAAAGAAAAAGAUUACCCCAGUCCUUUAACCAAAAGUCCUAAUGAUUCAGUAAGUAGUAGUACAUCAGUUGAACUGACAGAUAGAGGUAAACAUCUAAGCAGAAGAGAAUCCUCUGUGUUUUCAGAUUGUAAGGAGAGGGGAAAUUUUUUGCAGAAAUAUAAAACUACAAGCACAUUUACAGUUUGUGUUGAUGAAGAUCAUGUCAAGUAUCAUGAACUAGUUUCAAUUUAUUACACAUUACCACGGAGGCAUUCAAGAACAUUUUGUAACCUCUUCAGAGAUAAUCCAGAGGAUGCAGAUUUACCUUGUCCCAAAGAUAACAUUCAGUCACCAAGAAUACGAAGCAAGAAAAACGAAGGUCAUGUGAGUUUAGCAAAUGUUUUUUUCCCCAGUACUUUGGAAAAAGAGGUGCCUUCAUAUUCUUCUGACCAAGUAUCUUCAGCUCUGGUCACACCUCAGAACUUAGGAACUGCUGUUGAUAGUGAAGAAGAGAAUUCCCACUUACCUCCUACCUCUGAGAAGAUACGUACUUCAAAGUCAGUGAGUAUGGUACAUAGCAGGAAAAAUAGUUCAGCAGAUCUUUCAUUAGCAGAAAAUGUGCUUUCUGACAUGGUGACAAAAGCAAUUUCUUUUCAUGGUCCACAAUCCACUGCAAUAGUGGCUAAGUCAGGUAAGGUCAUUUCUGAUGCUUCAAGCAGCCAAAAUACAGAAAUACGUCUAAAAGAAAAGAAGGAAAUUUUACAAACAGUCACACCGCUAAAGUCCAAUUUAUCAACUCCUCCCAAGCCAGGCAGACAUUCAGAGAAUCCUUUGUAUUCUACUUCAACAAAUAAAAAUAGUAUACAGAAGGGAAACUCUGAGAACUGCUGUCAGCCCCCUAAAGUGAACACCGAUAAAAAUCCAAACAGUUUACUCCUGCACCCAGGAGAGAAGAGUUCCCUUGGAACAAACAGUAACAGAGAGCAUGCCGAUGUGUCGCUCCCUCCUGUGGAAGACACGUACAGGGAUAGUACCGAAGUUAAACUAAAUUUCCUAUACCAAACCACCCCUCUGUAUAAUAAUAAAUGUAGUGGACUGCAAUUAAGGGCUGACAGUUCAAGAAAAAAUGCAAAUGAUUUAAAAUCUUGUAGCAAAGUGCUUUCAGAGUUGCAGAACAAAGCAUCUGAGGUAAGCACAGCUUCCGGUGCUGAUCCAUUACUUCAGCUAGACGAAGUGGUUAGCACAGAUACAGAUGAGUCAAAGAAUUUAAAACUUAACAAAGAUCAAAACUCACAGAGUACUUGGAUGGGUAGAGAUUAUAGUGGUUUGCAGGAAUCAGAGAGGCACAGUGAAGGCAACCUGAACAUUAACUGUAAAGAUAAAGUCCUCAGGGUUACACAAGAUCAGAAGUUAACACAGAGAGCAGAAGAUGAGGACAAGCUUCUCUCUGACUGCACAAGAGACAAAGUCAAAGAUAUAGAAAAAAGGAAAAACAGACCUUCAAUUAAAAAUAAACUGGCAGCAGUUUACAAAACAAGUCGAAAAUUUUCAAGUAAAAAUUUACCCCCCAGACCGCACAUAAGUAACAUUUUUUCACAGAAUGAUGGAAGUGCCACUUCUUUAGAGGUCGACAUGUCCCUUGACUCAUUGAUUUCAACAGACUCCCAACAGCCAUUCGUGCAGUUGGACAAUGAAAAUCAGAAUCACAGUCCGGACCCUGAUAAGAAUAUGCCGAGACCAAGAACAGCUGAGAAUAAGAUGACUGAAAAUCAGAGUGAUCCUUCUUUGCUGGUUAAUAACAGCAAUUGGUGGUCUUUUACAAGCUCAUACACCCAGAAGGAAGCCAUCAGUCCCAAAAAAACUACAAUGAAAGUGGAAAAUAGGCCAAGUCUUACAACCCUAUUUCCUCAUAAAGCAGUAGCCACAAGAAAUAAGAAUUCCCAAACACUUGAUCUCAGGUUAGAAAACAGAAGCCAGCCCAUCUCUCCCAGUGCUACUGCAUCAGACCUACUGGAUGAUGAGAAAAGAAGAGCUAGCAGUCAUGCCUGCAGUCCUCCCUUGCCACUUUUAACUGACAAAAACUCAAACACAUAUGUAAAUAGCUGCUUGCAGGCAGACAUAUGUCCAGAGCAAAACUUGACUUCUCAGACACUGCUUGGUCAGUGUCAAAAUACCUCUCGGUCUGCUAGCUUAAAAAAUGCUAACUUGCAUAGCUAUCGGUUGUGCAAGAGUCAUGCCAAAAGUCAGCGUGAGCGUCACCUUUCUGAGAGUAUUUGUGCUCGAAAUUCGUAUGAGACCUUUGCCUCAGGAAGCAGUAUUCUGCCAAAAGAUGGCAUACAUGGGAAGAGAUUUAAAUCUUAUUCAGAGCUGUUGUCUUAUGAUGAAAAUGAAAACUGGGCAUCAGACGAUGAAAAAUGUUGCAGCACAAGAAAUCUGAUGUAUCCUUCUGUUGAAUUUGGUAUAUUUGGCAAAGAACAACAGUUGGCUUUCCUGGAAAAUAUCAAGAGGUCGCUCACAGAAGGGCGAUUAUGGAGACCUUGUCUUCUUAAUAACCCCAGUGCUCUCAGAGAUGGAGACCCCCCUUCUAUAAACAGAGCCGAGCUUUUGAGCUCAAGUUCUGCUGGGAGCAAAAUGUCAUCGACUGCUUCAUCCCCCCGAGAGCCGACCGAUAUCUAUCAGGAAGACCCAGCAGCUUACUCGGAUUCAGACAGUGAUACCACCACUGAUGAUGAAUACUACCUAGAUGAGAUAGAUAAAGAAUCGGAGCUAUGA